AUGCAAUUAGUACAAUGUAAUGUUUGUGUGGCAUCAUUUGAUCUAAGUUAAGAGGCAAUUAAAGUUUAAGUUAAUGAAAGAUAAGGUGAUAGUAAAUAAGCAAAUGUGAAACUAUAAAUAAAUUUAAGAGAAGAUUGUUUAAUAACUCAUUUAAUUUUGAAAUGGAGUGAUACUUAAAUAAAAGGAUUCGCAUUUACAUCCUUAGAAUGUUUGGAUUGUUUUGAUUAAACAUACAAUCGUCUGAUCAAUAGUAAAGAAGUUGUAAAUGCUGAAUAAUGUAAUAGUCAAUACAAAAUUGUUGGUCUUGGAUUUGGUCGGAAACUUAGACUUUCUUUUAGUGUUUGUGAACCUCCUUAAUAAUUAGAAAAUAAACUUAAAGCUAAACUAUCAAUAUAAGUUUAUGGCUAUUCAUUAUAUUAAUCUCCUGCUGCAAAUUAAAUGGUAGCUCUUUUAAAUAUUAGUCACAUCUUCAAAAAAAAUAAUAGAGAAAUUAAUUAAGCUGAAGCAGAUAUUCUUUUAGGCUUAUCUCUUCUUUCUUCAAGAAGAUUUGUUUAAGCUGCAGAAAUAUUCAAAAAAGUAGCUAAUUUUUAUGCUGAAAAAGCUUAAAUUUUGGUUAAGCAAAAAGAUUUUUAUUUUUUAAGAGCUAGUGGACUUUAAAUAUUAAUAGCUGAUUCAAUUAAUUAACCUUCUAUGUUAAAUGAAAAACUUUAAGCAUUGAAAUAUGCUGUCUAAUAUGUUAAUAUUUAAUACGAUAAGACAUAAUUACUUUUUACAUUACAAAAUACAGAUUCAUAUGAAUGUAUACUUAGACUUUCAGAUGAUCUAAUUAAAAUCAUAAGCAGAGUACUUCUUUUAGAAGAUAAUUAAAAUUUUGAUGCUUUAAGAAUGGCAAAUAUGAGAUGCUUAGAAUUUAUAAUAGAAUAACUUGGUUGUGGAUUAGGUGGAUAAAUUAUUUAGAUAUUUAAGUUAUUUUUGAAAAUGUUAAAUUAAUAAUAAGGAUAAUUGAUAGUAGAAAUGAUUUAUAAAAUAGUAAAUAUGAUAUUGUAAGAAUUAAGUUAAGCUACUCUCAAACUCAUUCAAGAUAUUUGGAAUCAAACUAUUAUUUAAGGAUUAUUUGAUGUCAAUAUUGAAGGAUAAAAAUUAAUUAUGAAAAUUUGUGAAUAUUUAUUAUAAGCUGAUUAAGCUCACUUUAGAAUUGAUAUUUUAUUCUUGAAGUAAUUAAAUUAAGUCGAAGAAUCUAAAAUAUGGAAUCUAGUAUUACAGAAUAUUAUACCUAAAUAAAAUGAAAAAAAAAUCAGCAAAAUAAUUGCUUGGGCUAAUUAACAAUUAAUAGAAUCCUUAAAUUUUACAAAUUACAACAAUUUAUCACAAUCUCAAUAGUAUUAAAUAAUUAAGUUAUUAUAACUAAUAUCCAUUAUAGUAAGAUAAUAAAAAGAAGAAUCUUAAAUUCCAUUUUUUGAAGAGAUUCUAAAUAAAUAAUUAACAAACAACAUUAAGAUUAAAUAACUCUAUACUACUGCCAAUUAAAACCUAAUUACUUUAAAACCAAUUCUAAUUAAAUUAUUAGAUCAAACAGUAAAAGGUAAGAUUCAAUUUGAUUGUUUUGAACUUGUUUGGAAUAUCCUUAUAGAAAUUUUAAUUGAUGGAAAUGAAUUUGAUCAAAUGUAUGAACUCAUUAAUCCUUUUCUAUAAAAUAUAUUUCUAAUAUGCUAAACUACAUCCCCUGGAUAAGAUAUUUUAGUAGUUUUGGAUAAAAUACUUAAAACUAUUUAAUUUUAAUGUCCAUAACUCAUAUAAAAAUUUGAAUCAUAAAUUUAUUCAUAUGUUGAAAUUUUUUGCUAAAGAGUACCUCAUAGUAUUCAUGAUGAAACUUUUAAAAUAUUUGAUAUCUUGAUUGCUUUCAGUUAAGAAUUUUUAGAUUAGGCAUUAAUUGAGAAAUGUGUAAUGGCAUUAAUUGAUUAAUAUACUGUUAAAGGAUAAGCUUAAAAAUAAUCAAAAUAAAAUUUUAUUAAAAUGAUUGUUUAAUAUUAAAAUCAUUUCUAUUCAUUGAUAUAAGUAUGUCUAAUAUAAAAUCAAGAGCCUUUAAUUCAAUCAAACUUAAUUUCAGAGAAUAAAAAGGAACAUAAAUAAGAUAGAGAAAAAGUUAAGAAAGAAUUUAAAUCUGAUAACAAGUAAUUAACAUAGGAAUAUGAAAUUUUUAAUGAAAAAGUACAAUUUAUUUGUGAAUUAUUUUCUGAAAUGGGAUAACAAUUUAAAGUAGUAGCUUAACUAAUUUAAAAUAGUCCUGAUUUUAUUUAAUCUUUAAUUAAUCUAAUUAAAUCACUUAAUUCAAAAAUAAGAUAAAAAGGACAUUUAACACUUUAGCUUCUUAUGGAAUGUUUUAUAAAUAUUGAAACAAGUACAAGAAUAAAAUUUUUUGAGGAUAGAAUAAUUUUUGUUAAGUUUAUUAAAGAUAUAUUAACCCAUUCACUCUAAGAUAAAACUGAUUCUAAAUGUAUUUUAAAUUCAUUGCUUAUUUUAAAUAACAUAUUUAAUUUGAAAUUUUAAAAAAGUGAAUAUUCAAAGGUUUUAGAUGAAGUAUCAAGUUUAUGGAAUGAAGUAUCAGAUUUAAUAGAUACUCCAUUUAAUAGUAUUUAUGUAUUAUUUUUUGAUCUUUUGAAUCAAUGGGGACAAUUAUUAAAUAAAAUGCCUAAUUCAACUAAACUUGAUGAUUUUAUAGAAAGGAUAUUUUUAUGGACCUAAGAAAAGUUAGAUUGUUAGGAACCAUGGCAUUAGUAUAAUAUUUUAAAAUUUUGUGGUUAUAUUUUUGGAUUAGAUUCUGGUAAGAAUUUUAGAGUAUUUCCUUCUAUAAACUCUUCUUUUUUUGAAUAAGCAAGUAAAUUGUAGAAUAGUUAAAAUAAAUAAUUAUAAUUAAUGUCGAUAGUAAUGAUUUAAUUGUGUACUCCUGAAUAAAUAGCAAUAAGGAUAAUUUAAUAAAUGGCUGAGCAAUACAAUUAACUUAGGCAUCGAUAAAAUAAAUAAAGAGAUUAAAUUAAUAGAUAAUCUGAAAAUAUAAUUCAAUAAUUAUUUUAGAGAUAGAAUUCUUUUAAAGAUUUAAUGAUGUAAUCAGAUACUUUUGGAUCAACAUCAAUGGAUGAAUUUGAGUUAAAUUAAGAAGAUUUUUUGUGGAUUCGUAAAGUUGAUUAAGAAAUUUUAUCUCAAUGUUUACAAACUUUAUUUAUGUAUUAGGUUUAAUAGGAAAGUAAAAUUAGAUAAUCUGAUAUUUUAGAUAAAGAAAUUAGCAUGAAAUAAAGCAAUAAUUUAAAUUAAAAUACAAAUAAGAAUAUAUUGGAUGAUGAUCCAAUAGAUUUAGAUGAUUUAGGAAUUAUUGAAGUAGAUGAUGAAGAAUGGAAUGAAUACGAUGAUUUGAGAAAAAUUCCAAUUUUAAAGGAAAGAAUUAAAACAAUAUCACCUCACAUUGGAAGUAGAACACCAAAUGUAGGAAUAGGAAAAUAAAGUUAAGAAAGAAGAUCUAGUGGAAAUAGAUAAAUAUUUGAUUAAAGAAAAGGAGAAGUAGAAGAUUAAGUUUUAAAAACUUUAAGACCUCACAAUUAAGUAUUUAGACCUUUGACACCUCCUAUUGGAUAAUAACCAUAAUCAAAUUCUUAAGUAACAACAACUGAAAUUUAAAGAGAUAUGUAAUUAUUUUCUGAUUAUAUGUUACAAAAUCCAUAAUAAUUUUAGAAAAUUAUGGAAGAAAUUAAAAUUAAUAAUAAUACUAAUUCAUAAUCUUAAUUAUAACAGCCUAUAAUUAAUAAUGAAUAAUAGGAUUCUUAGUUCGAAAAUUCAAGAAGGAGAGUUGAUGAACUAGAGUUUGAUCCUCAAUUUUCAAAUUCAAGUUAGGAUGAUAUUACAGAUGAACCAUAAAUUAAAUCUAAUUAAUAGUAUAAUUUGUAAUUUUAUUAGACAUUAACAAAAAAAGAAGAAAUCUAAAAAAUAGCCUUCUGUUAAAAAACUUAAAUCACCUAUUCACCAAUCUUUGUAUCAAUCUUUAAAGCAAUCAACCUCUCAAUUAAAUGGAAAAAGUGAUGAGAAAAAUAAAAAAAAGACAAAAACUAAAUAAUCUUGAGAUUAAUAUGAG